AUGUCUACCAAGAAAGGAUACACAUUCCUCGCUCUCAACGCCGUCCGCGCCUUGAGCAUCAUCGCCCUCUUGCUCCUCUUCGCGAGCAGCAUCGUCACCAUGGUCCAAGACGUCAAGUCAGUCAACGCAUUCAUCGCCGCUGGCAAAGCGGACUCGAACAUACGCGUCGCCGAGGGCAACAGCACGGACGUCGAUUGUAUAAGCACCGACACCGACUACAUCGACGGAAGCACGGUCCCCAACCAGCCCGCGGGUGCCUUCUGGGCCGUCCUCAACAGGCUCCUGAUCAUCUUCCAAGUCAUUGUCCUCAUCAUGUCCGAGGUCGGCUGGCCUGCCGCCUUCUUCUCCCGCUUCUUCCCCAUCCUCGGGAACGAGUUCGGCCUCGGCGCGCUCGGUGUCAUUCAGUGCCUACUCGGCGCAGCCGUCCUCUCGCACCACGUCGACGAGUUCUCGCUCGUCUCCGCCUUCUUCCUCUUCUCCAUCGGCUGCCUCAACAUCCUCCUCGGGCUCAUCUACCGCGAGUCUGCGAAGACGCGCCGUUCGGUCACCGCGUGGCGCGAGCGAUACCAGGACGUGCUCCCCACCACCGCCCCGCUCGGGCCCCCGCGCACGCUCGUCAUGCGCUCCGCGUGGGAGAAGGAGGGCGCGGAGGCGUCGCGCUCGGGCAGCCUCAGCAGCCAGAAGAGCGGGAUGGGCUUUGGGCGCCAGGGCGAGAAGGCCGCGCUCGGGCGCGGGUACACGGUGACGCGCCCCGAGGAGGCGCUGCCCACGUACGUGCCGAAGCGCACGGUGACCGUCCGCGACAGCACCGUGAGCUAUGCGGAGUCGGAGACGGUUGCGUGA